GCGGGUAGCGGCGGGCGGUGGCAAGACGCGAACUUGACUCUAGAGCCAUUCACUGCUCCUUCGACUCACUGCCCGCCUCCUCCACCCCGAAGCACCUCCGAACCCCAGCCCAGGCCGCGGUGCCCGAGCCCGCCAGCACACCUGCCCUCCUCGCCCGGACGCGCCCCGCCCCCUCUUCGGUCCCAGGUGCUGCUCCUCGCAGCUGUCGCGCCUCAAGCCAGACCCAGCCCUUCCAGGGACGGUGGGGAUCAAGAUGAAGGCGGCCCGCUUCGUGAUGCGCAGCGCCGGCUCGCUGAGCCUGGUCCCCCGCGAAGUCGAGCAUUUCUCGCGCUACAGCCCGUCCCCGCUGUCCAUGAAGCAGCUGCUGGACUUUGGUUCAGAAAAUGCAUGUGAAAGAACUUCUUUUGCAUUUUUGCGACAAGAAUUGCCUGUGAGGCUAGCCAAUAUCCUGAAAGAAAUUGACAUCCUCCCUGAUCCAUUAGUAAAUACAUCUUCAGUGCAAUUAGUUAAAAGCUGGUAUAUCCAGAGCCUGAUGGAUUUGGUGGAAUUCCAUGAAAGAAGCCCACAGGACCAGAAAACAUUGUCAGAUUUUGUAGAUACUCUCAUCAAAGUUCGAAAUAGACACCAUAAUGUAGUUCCUACAAUGGCACAAGGAAUCAUAGAGUACAAAGAUCGCUGUACAGUUGACCCAGCCACCAAUCAAAAUCUUCAGUAUUUCUUGGAUCGAUUUUACAUGAACCGUAUUUCUACCCGGAUGCUGAUGAACCAGCACAUUCUUAUAUUUAGCGACUCACAGACAGGAAACCCAACCCACAUUGGAAGCAUUGAUCCAAACUGUGAUGUGUCAGCAGUGGUCCAAGAUGCCUUUGAGUGCUCAAAGAUGCUUUGUGAUCGGUAUUAUUUAACAUCUCCAGAGUUAAAGCUCACACAAGUGAAUGGAAAAUUUCCAGGCCAACCAAUUCACAUUGUGUACGUUCCCUCUCACCUUCAUCAUAUGCUCUUUGAACUAUUCAAGAAUGCAAUGAGGGCAACAGUUGAACACCAGGAAAACCGGCCUUCCCUUACACCAAUUGAGGUGAUAGUUGUCUUGGGAAAAGAAGAUCUCACAAUUAAGAUUUCAGACAGAGGAGGUGGUGUGCCCCUGAGGAUCAUUGACCGCCUCUUUAGUUACACAUACUCCACUGCACCAACGCCUGUGAUGGAUAAUUCCAGGAAUGCUCCUUUGGCUGGUUUUGGUUACGGCUUGCCCAUUUCUCGUCUCUAUGCCAAGUACUUUCAAGGAGAUCUGAAUCUCUAUUCUUUGUCAGGAUAUGGAACAGAUGCUAUCAUCUACUUAAAGGCUUUGUCUUCUGAAUCUGUAGAAAAACUCCCGGUCUUUAACAAAUCAGCCUUCAAACAUUAUCAGAUGAUGAGUGAGGCUGACGACUGGUGUGUCCCAAGCAAGGAACCAAAGAACUUGGCAAAGGAAAAAGUGGCCCUGUGAAGAGGGACACCCAGGACACUUUAAGGAAUCAAAGUGGGUCCAUACCAGUGCUGCUUCCUGAAUGUUUGCGUGUGAACUUUUGUUUCCUCAAAAACAAACAAUAGCAACAAACACUCCUUGAUCAGAACACUGAUGGGAAGAGGAACGGCUCGUUUCUGUGACCCAGGAGAGCAUAGCGCAGGACUGCAGGAGUUACCAGAUAGCCAGCUCUUUAUUCUUAGAAUAACUCAUGAGUUUAUAUCAAAUCUUGAAGAAGAAAUAAUCCUCAUUUUUCCAUGUCUUUAUCAACAAGAAUGAGAAAAGGAGCAAAAUGAUGAUGUAGGCUAGCAGUUUCAAUGGACUGGUAUUUUAGGCCUCUGGUUGAUGUCAUAAGAUAUUGGUAUUUAUUGAAUAUCAAGUGUCAAUACACCAGUAUUUUCCUGCCAUUCAAAGGAUUGGGGCUUAGUUUAUGCUCUGUGAUUAGAAGUGUAUGUAAAGGUACAUUUUGUAUUUGUCUAUGCACUCUAGGGAGGAAAAGCUGGUGAUUAAAAUAACAUUCACUUUGAAUGAGGAAGAAUGAGUCAAAACGUUUUAUUCAAAGUUGCAGCCAAGGCAUUGGGCCUAUGUAAAAACUCAGAAGAAAGCCUCUUCUGAUCAAUGAAGUGCCUUUAUUAUGCUGCUUUUCCUGUUCACACUUCACAUGAUAUGUGAACACUUAUUGCCAGUUGCCUAGCCUUGGUGAAUUUUGAAAUAUGCACUGAAUUCAGGAUGUUGGUGGUUGGGGGCAGAGAAGAAUUGCCAAAGUGAUAGCAAAAAUAUCUCUCACCUUGCUUUGUUUAGAAAUGAAAGAGUAGAUUGGAAGAACCAACGUUAGGAAAAGAAAUCAUGCCUUUAGAACCUAACUCAGUAGGAAGGGCUGUUCUCUACCUUGCAGUGGUGGUAAUCCAAAGGCAUCCAUUUUCUAGGCUUAAAAAGAUGUAUUUUUGAUAUGUUUAACUAUAUUGUCUACACUCCAGCAUUAACACGUCUGUAAAAAAAUUCCUAAUUAUCUAAUGGCUCAAGAACAUUAGAAUUUAAUUACUUCUUGGAGUAUUUUUGACAAAUAGCCUGGGAGUAAGAGGUUUUCAUGCCAAGAUGCUUUCAUCUGUGAAUCAUUGAGAUUGAGAGCUAAUGAAUGAAAGCCGUAUUGCGUAUGGAACUUUUGGGGAGUUCAGGAAUAAUAUGCAGGUUGACAGGCCAUCCAGCACAUUACUCUUAGAGAAAGAAUGAAAAAACAAAAGAAGGAAAGAAGGAAGGAUGGAAAGAAGAAGGAAGGAGGGAGGGAGGGAAGCAGGAGGCAGGCACCUUGCUAUAUUCACCACAAAUUAUUUCAAGAAAUGAUCCAUAUUUUCAUGGAUAAAUUAUUGGCAAGAGAAUGAAUUGGUGUCUUUCAAAACAAUAUGCCUUC